CCAGAAUACCUUCAGAUAUGCAUAGCACGACUUCUUCAACACCUGAGAUGUUGGGCUGAAAUGGACGAACUCAUCUAUUCACGCCGCUUUUGGCAUCGACUCGGCGAAUUGGAGUGUCCGAAUUAUCCAGGCAUACACACUCCUGACUUGAGUCGGUGGCAAAAUGUCUCCGUAGUCUCCGGGCUCAUAAGGCGACCACCAUGACGGUAGUACACCCAACUUCCCUCACUAGACGUCGCAAUGUCCUCUCAGGCUGGCCGUCUUUUCAUCUACGGCCGUAGAGCUCUGCUGGCCUCGGCUGCGGCAGGGGGCGCCUACGCUACGAUUCUCACUCCUGUGCACGCGGACGCGAUCCCCACACGUACCUCUGCCGAAGAGCAGUUCGCUUGCUCGUCCAAGUACAAACCCCCGAGCGGCUUCGCCGGCCAAGAAUGGCGCAUCCGGAACGACUAUCCCGAAGUGAUUUCUCUCUCUGACCUCGAUGCGCCGUGGUCGACGAUCGACUGGGAGAAAGAGCCGGAGAGGUUUAUCGAAUGUGUCAAGCAGUACUGCCUCGAGGGUAUGGCAGAGGUGGACUUCGUCCCUCAAUUCAACAAGAAACGUAACUGGUACCAUGCGGCUUGGAUGCACUACGGGCCCCACGGGCGCGAACCCUGCCACGGUCUGACUAUGGAACGUGCGACCCCAUCUGGAGAACUGUCGGAAGGUCAGAAGGACCACUGGCUCCAAGCGUGGGCCGUCGGCUUCUACAAUGCCCCAGGCGCGACCCUUUUCGCCAAAGUCUGGAAAGACCCGAACAACCCGCAGUGGAACGACCACCUUAAGUUCCCGCAUGGUACCAUGGUCUAUAAAAUGCUUUUCACGAACGCAACGGAGGAGGAGGUCCCCCUUCUGAAAGGAGCGCCCACUUGGGAUGCUAUGAUCGUCGAGCAGCCUGAUCCCACUAAGAACCCCGAGCCUGGAAACGACCCUGCGAAGGAUAAACGAAACCAAUAUACGACGCCAAUGCGCCUGGUCCAGAUGGAUUUUGCGGUGCGAGAUGAUCGUGCGCCUGUUGGCUGGGUCUUCGGCACGUUCAUGUUCGACGGUUCCCGUACGGAUAUCAAUCCCUGGUACAGAUUGACUCCGGUAGGCAUCCAGUGGGGCAACGAUCCUGCCCUAACGCAAAAGAAGGUUGACGAGGAGCACCUACUCCCGCGAGAAAGCUGGGUUAACCCCGUCGCUACCAAGAAGCUGGAGGAAAUGAAGGGUUUCAGGCCGUUCUGGGGCUGGAACAGGCGACUCAAUGGUCCUGCGGACAACUUCAUGUCCUCGUGCGUGUCGUGCCAUGCAACGGCGGGGGCGAUGCCCGACGGCUCGGCUGCGAUGAGCAUGGUCCCGCCGAACAUUGCUCGUACAGGUGCGGGUAUGCCGGGCAGGUGGGAACCUGUAUAUAAUACCAAGGUACCGCCGGAAUACAAGAACGAUCCGGACGCCUACACCAUGAAAUGGUUUGAGAAUGUACCUGCGGGUUCCCUCCCUUCGUUAGCCAACAGGGACGCAGUUUCGGGCGAUUACAGCCUACAACUUGCCGCCGGGUGGCAAAACUACAAGGACUGGCAGCGCAAGAUCCAUCUCAAAAAUCGAAGUACCCUCAGGGCGGCUGCGGACACCGUCCUAGCGACGGUCAUGUUCCAGAAGAAGGUCAGCGUACAGGAGAUGUACAACCGGUCCGGCCCAGACACGAAGGAGGCGUAUGACGCCGGACCCUCCGAAGAGGACACGAAGAAGGACUAA